AUGGGAGAUGACGAAGAGGCGCCGAGUGCCAUUUAUCCGCGCGCUCAUUUCUAUCUUGAAGAAGCCCUGUGCGAGGCGGCGCGCACGAAUGAUUUGAGCAAAGCACGGCGCAUUUUGAUGGAGCGUGUGGAUCCUAAUUGGAUGAAUGGUUUUGGACUUUCUCCCCUUCAUAUAGCUUGUAAAAAUGGCAACUUCGAGAUAGCCAAGAUUCUGGUGUGCAACAAGGCAAUAGUUGAUUUGGAGAAUGCGAUCGGAGUUACGCCAUUGCACUUGGCGGCGAAAAAUAACCACUUGAAGUGUGCUCAACUGUUGCUGCUAUCAGGUGCGGCUGCAGCCAAGCCUACAUGGUCUCUGUGCACGCCCCGCGAGUACGCGCCCAGCGGGAGCAGGUUACGCAAGGUGUUGGAAUUGGCGGAACAAGGGAUCUCUCCGGAUCCUGCCCAUGUGUUUGAAAUGUCAGUGGAGCCUUUGGUUCCUAAAUUUUCCAUACCUCCCAGAUCUCUUGAACGUGAACAAAAAAGUAAUGCUCCUCCCAAAGAUGUGGCAUCAGUUUUCAAAACGCAACACUAG